AUGAAGAGAGCAAAGACAAAGAGUCCAAUGGUGAACACAAGGAGUGCUGGUGGUGGAGGUAGAAAUGGCACAACAACAACGACAACGAAUAAUAGAGGCGGAGCGAGUCAUAGGAAGGAGGAGAGUGAUGAGGAGAUGGAUACAAGUGGUGCAGAGGAAUUGGGCGAUGAUAUGCCCCUGUCAUCAAUCACAAGACGUGGAUCAAAGCCUUCAUCACCAUUGUCUUCACCAUCUCCAGUCCUGGUGGCUCAGCAAAAGAGACGUGUAGUACAACAGAAUGCUGCGACACAAUCAUCGUCAAACAACACAAUGCUUAUGACCCGAGCAAAGGCAAAACAACAGCAGCAGCAACAGCAACAACAACAGAAGAAGAAGCCACCACCACUACCGACUAGACGAGGCGUAAAGCGUCUCGCUGACAGCUCCGAAGACGAACAAUCGGACUCUGUAAACAAUGACGAGAUGAUUAUCAUGUCCGACUCUGAUGAUAACAUGUCUCCUGAUGAGGAGGAGGAGGAGAGUGAGGGCGUGGAAGUCCUCUCAUCCGAGGAGGAAGAGCGACAACCCAAGAAGAAGGUCGCCCCACCCCAGAGCAAGCGACAGACGAAUGGCAGCAAGAAGGCUCCACCCAAGCGACCAACGAGAAGAGUGUCGAGUAGCAGCAGCGAGAGCGAUUACAUGUCGCCAGAGUCGGAUUCAGACUACGAGCCACCAGCAGCAAAGCCAAAGAGGAAGGCUGCCGUCGCCGCCCUUGCCACCACCAAGAGGAAGAUGCCGCCACGCUCCAAGCUGGCCACGACACGUCGAACAAAGAAAUCAAAGAAGGAGUACUCAUCCGAAGACGAGGACUAUGAAGAGGAGGAGGACGAGGACGAGUCGAUGGAGUCUGACGACCAGGUCAGCGCACAGGAUGACGACGAUGAAGAUGAAGACGACGAAGAGGAGGGCGACGAGGAGGCCAGCGAAGAGGAGCUCUCGGACAUUGUGAUCAGUCUGACGGCCGACGAGGCAGAUUUGCCACCUGACCAACAAAAGGUCGUAGACGACAUUGUCGAUCUGUCCAAAGAGGUCGUUGACAAGAUUUUGACGUCCAAGCUGUUCAAAGGGAAGUUUAUGUCACUACCCUACACUCUCUACGAUUAUCAAAACAAGGCCAACAACAGCAGUCGAGCGAAUGUCAGCCACACCAAGAGCGACAAUGGUACAACAACAACUUCCACCACAACAACAACAGCUACGUCAACAUCGUCGGCAUCAUCAUCUCCGAUGAUCAAGUCUGAGAGCAAGGAUAUUGUAGACUCGACAUCACCAGCAUCAGUACCAGCACCAGCAUCUUUAUCCACCGAGCACACGACCAAUGGCACUCAGUCACCACUGCCGCAAAAUGAAGCAACCAAGGUAGACCACACUCCCAUGCAACAGAUUGCAAAGACUGAGGAGACGACCACGACAACGACAUCGACGUCGAACACGACAACAACAACCACAGAUACAGAGGCAUCCAAAAAGGACGAACCAAUGAAGGAUGAGGAGGUUAGGUACCUGGUCACGCUGAAAGACCGGUCGUUCAGAUCAGUGCGAUGGAUGACGAUCAAGGACCUCGAGAGCACACACAGCACCGACCACAGACUGUCGGUCAAGAUCAAGAAGGCCAACAUGUCGCCCGCUGAGCCGAUCAAGGACGAAGCCGAGGCCAACCCAUUGCACUACUUCAGUCCAGACCACAUCCAAAUCGACAAGGUGCUGACUGAGGAACAAAAGACGUUUAGACAGCGUGGCAAGCGAGCAAUCACCCUGACAAGGUACCUGGUCAAAUGGAAGAAUCUGCCGCACGAGAAGAGCACCUGGGAGUUCAAAGCGACGCUGAGAUCCCCGCAGGACCUCGCCGCCAUCCAAACCUACUUCGAGAUGAUCAACACUGGCGGUGGCACCAAGAAAUACGUUUCCCGCCCCACCAAGCUGCCCUCAUUCGAUCCCGAUCUCGUGCCGCUGUUCAAGAGCGGCCUGGCGCUGAAAGAGUUCCAAGUAGAGGGCUUCCUGUGGCUGUCUUACUGCUGGUAUCACGAGCGCUCUUCUCUUCUGGCCGACGAGAUGGGUCUGGGCAAGACCAUCCAGACAAUCUCCUUCCUUCAGUUCCUGAGCCAGCGUGUGGGCGUCAAGGGUCCCUUCCUGGUGGUGGCGCCACUGUCCACACUGGGCAACUGGCACAAGGAGAUCAUCAAGUGGACAGACAUGCGUGUGCUAAUGUUCUACGGUAUACAAGAGACGCGAACCUACCUCAAGAAGUAUGAGUGGCGACGAAAGGACAAGACGUACAUGUUUGAGAUCCUGCUCACCACUUACGAGACAGUGAUGACAGAGCACGCUGACAUUGUCAAGGUACCAUGGCGAGUCAUAGUCCUUGACGAGGGACAUCGAAUCAAGAACGUCAAUUCAAAGGUGUUGACCAAGCUGAAGUCUAUAAGGACUGAACACUCUGUUAUCCUUACAGGUACACCACUGCAGAACGAUAUGAAGGAGUUAUGGACAAUGUUGAACUUCUUGGACCCAAAGAAGUUCAAUAACUGUACAGAGUUUCUGGAUGAGUUUAGCGAUUUGAAGGAGGAGGUGCAGGUCAAUCGCCUGCAUCAACUGCUGUCACCCUACCUGCUGCGUCGUAUGAAGGAGGACGUCGAGCUGUCCAUCCCAAUCAAGGAGGAGACCGUGAUCCAGGUGGAGCUGUCCUCCAUCCAGAAGACCUACUACCGUGCCAUCCUUGAGAAGAACCGCGAGUUCUUGUCGCGUGGCAUCAGGAGCAAGAGCAACCUGCCCAAGCUGACCAACAUCAUGAUCCAGAUCCGAAAGGUGUGCAACCAUCCAUUCCUGAUACCGGGCGCUGAGGACACCAUCGUCAAGCAGGAGAAGCUCACCACCGACGAGCAGAUCUACGAGCUGAUGAUCCGCUCCAGCUCUAAGCUGGUGCUGGUCGACAAGUUACUGCUGCGGCUCAAGGCCGAGGGCCACAAGGUGCUGAUAUUCAGUCAGAUGGUCGAGUCGCUCAACAUCCUCGAGGACUAUCUGCACUAUCGCCAGUACCCUUACGAGCGACUGGACGGUUCGGUCAAGAGCGAGGACCGUCAGGCGAGCAUUGAGCGAUUCAUGGAGAAGGAGUCUGACCGUUUCGUCUUCCUUCUAUCGACACGAUCCGGUGGUGUUGGUAUCAACUUGACAUCGGCCGACACAGUGAUUCUGUUCGACAGCGAUUGGAACCCGCAGAGUGAUUUGCAGGCACAGGCGCGAUGCCAUCGAAUUGGCCAGACAUCCAAUGUCAAGGUGUACCGUCUGAUCACGAGGAACACGUACGAGGAGUACCUGUUUGAGGUAGCCACCAAGAAGCUUUUGCUUGAUCACAUUGUGCUCAAUCAGGCCAAGAACAAUCCUAUCAAGGAUAAUGCUGCUGCUGCUGCGGCGGCGGCUGCGGCAUCACUCGCCAACGCGACUGCCGCUGAGAGUGGGACAAUCGACGUCGAUUCCGAUCCGACAACAACGACGACCACAACCACGACAACAUCCACCACAGAUGGGACCUCUACCACCACACCACCCCAGGGUGGUGCGGCAGCCGGCAAGGAUAUUGAUCCAGAGGCACCGAGCGAGAUCAGUCAGAUGCUCAAGUACGGCGCAGCCUACCUCUUUGCCGAGUCGGCCAACGAUGCGUCCGAGCUCGACAAGAUCAUGUUCAACGAGGAUAUUGACAAGAUCCUGGAGCGUUCUACCACAAUCAGCUUUGACACCAAGAACAAGCCCACCAACCUGUCUGGUUUCUCCAAAGCCACGUUCGCAUCCAACGAGAACGACAUGGACGUGGACAUUGACGACGAGAACUUCUGGGAGAAGGUGUUGCCAGAGUACAAGACCGUGCGUCAGCUCGAUGAGAAGCUGACCAGCGGCAGCAUCUUUGCCAGCGAAGAGGCCCGCGCCAAGUACAUUGACGACAUUUGCACGCUGGCACAGAACAAGCGCGAUGAACUCAACGACUCGAUCAAUGUGGAGUUCAUUGGCGACCUCUUGAAGCUUAUCAUGCGUGUCGAGUUCAACACCAGGUUCAGCACAGAGGAGCGCGACCGUGUACAGAACAUGCGUAUACUUCUCGAGCGACCCAGGACGAGGAAGCGUGUCGUGCCCGAGGUGGUGCAGACGGCCCCAGCCGACAAGAAGAAGAAGAACAUCCAGGCGAUCAUUACCAUGCCCGACACUGAUUCGUCGUCGGACGACGACGGUGGCAGCGACCCAGACUUUGUCGACCCCGACCACAGCCACGACUCGGACGACAGCCAGAGCGAGGCACCCAAGGGCAAAUCGUCAAAGAACAAGAACCCUCUGGCGGCUUCGGGACAGGGCUUUGCAGUAGGCACGGCAUCCAGCGUGCCAGUGUGGAGCAAGUCCAACAAGGACAAGUUGAAAGCCAUCCUUACCAAGUACGGCAUGCACCGAUGGCACAAGGUUCAGAAGGAGCUGAUGGCGGCCGGAUCGAUCAACAAGUCUCCGGCCGAGAUCCAGUCGAUCGCAGAGUCAUUCUUGGUGGUGGGCUAUGGAUUUCAGGACGCGAUGAAGUCAUACUUUGAUUCGUUUGUAGAGGACACGUCCAACUACAAUUGGCAUCGUAUGGGCUUCAACUAUGACAAUUACAUUGGCAGUGUCAACAACCUGACGUCACUCAAACAGUUUGUGAUCAAGGAUGUCAACAGUAACAUACCAUUGAUCACCACACAAGCCACAGUCAUUCGUUGGGAGGUCGUCCAACCUCCUCCUCCAGCUCAACAGCAGGCAGCACUACCACCGUCCCCUCAGCAGGACAUUGUCGUAGGGUCGACAUCGCCUCCACAAACCACUUCCACCACAGACACCUCCAUGUCCACUGCCACCGAUACCGCCAUCGCCAACUCUACCACCAGCAACAACAAUGUAAAUAUGUUUGAACAACAACAUCACGAGCUAAUGGACCACAAAACAUACUAUCUUGUGCUGAUGGUGGAGGAGUUCAACAACUUGAUCAUCAGAUCCUACCCGAUCGUUGAUGGCCAGACAUCACUGGAGAUGUUCUUCCCGGGCUUCAACGGCACGUACAUUGCCAAGAUCAUAUAUGCCAACCCUCAGGAGAACACCUACCAACUGUGCAGUAAUGAGAUGAGAAUAGCCACCACACCCAGCAUCAUUUGGCAACAGCUGGACUUCCCCUCAUUCGCCACACGUGUCCAAUCGACACUCACUCGUCUCGUACAGAUGAGCGCCAUCAAACAAUUUGUGACGCGACACGGCAAGGACCUCAGGACGCUCAAGAUCCCUUCGUUGGGCCGUGGCCCCACUCUCCUCUGGACGACAGAGCACGACAGGGCACUGCUGAUCGGUGUGUACAGACACGGUUUUGGCAAGUUCAUCGAGAUCCUGCAAGACCCCGGCUUGGACUUCCAACAGGCCUUCAAGAAAAAGGAGACCAACACGCUUGCCUUCCAAUCACCCGGCUCCGUACCCACCUCUGACGACACAGUGGCCACCGAUGAGAAGACACCAUCGUCCGAGACGAUCAGAAGACGUCUGGCGCGCAUCACCGACUUGAUCAUCAAGAAUGCCCACCACACUCACAAGUCCAGCAGCAAGUCACACAAGUCCAGCAGCAAGCAUAGGAGUCCUUCGUUGACGUACACGCCCACCACGACAACCACCACGACCACCAACCACCACGAUAUAGACCAAGACGGCAGGAUAUUCUCACCUGAGCCUGUGGACGCCUCGGAUGAGGACACCCCCAGCUAUGACAUGCCCAUCACAUCGAACAAGAACGCCAAGAAUCUUGCCAAGCAAAAGUUACAACAACUGCAGUACAGUCUACAACAACAGCAGGCUCAGUUCAAGCAGCAGGCCAGAGCAUCACAGCAACAGCAUCAACAGCAGCAACAGCAACAACAGCAGCAGCAUCUACAGAAGGCCAACAACGACUACAAGUCGUUUGGAAAGGCCAGCACACAGGCGCCAAGCAGCAGUGCUGCCACGAUGAUUAUCAACUUCCGCUGGGAGAACAAAGUGUACCAGAUCAAUGUGCCGCACUCUGUCCAUCUAGACAUACUCAAGAAGAUGUUCAUUGUCAAGUUCAACCUGUACAACGUGGUGGGCCAUGGCGAGGACCGCGACUCUGUCCUGCGAUUCUAUCACAACAAACAGGUGAUCCAGCCAGGCGUGCGUAUCUUGGAUCUGGGCAUCACGGAUGGCGACAUCAUUGAUGUGACCUGGGAGAGCAAGUGGAAGACGGUGCAGGUGAAGGGCUUUGAUCAUGGCACCGUGCUGAUGAAGGUCCAGGACGACACGGUGCUUGAGGACAUUGUCAAGGCGUACUUCCAUCAGUCUCAGCCGCCCUAUGACCUCAAGAACCUGCGAGUUGAGACACGUGGCCAGACAUUCGACCUCAAGACAGAUAUUGGCUUCAAUGGCAUCAAGGACGAGGAGUUCUUGCACAUUGUGCCAUCGCCCGAGAUCAUCCACGUAAACGUCAUCCCAUCGUGGGGUGGCGAGAAGGAGGUGUACGCGCUGCACAAGCGCAAUACUCUACUGUGCAAGCUGACCGACUCGUUCCUCAAGAAGCACAACAUCCAGAGCAAGCAAGUGUUGUUCACGUUUGGCACUCAGCACAUCGAUCCGGCUAAAUGCCCGACCGACCAGGGCAUCGAGAACGAGUCACACAUUUAUGUACACCUGCUGCUCGUCCGUCUGGACGUCUCGUACAAGGACACCACGGUGCCCUACCUGCUCAGCACGACGACCUCCUUUGACUCGAUGAUGCAACGCUUCUGCGAACGCCUGCAACUGUACAAACCAGACACGGUGUUCUACUUUGAGGGCAAGCCGCUGAACCCUGAGGAUAGCCCGGAGCGCAUCAACAUGAAGACACAGGCAUCGAUCGUUGUGGCAACGGCUACUGCCAGUCCCAAGAGCGCCAUUGAGGUGGAAGUGCGUCUGGUUGGCCAGGACUCUGGCAGCUACAUCAAGAUGCACACGGCCAAUCCAUUCCCAUUGCAGAUUCUCAUGGACAAGUUCUGUCAAGAGCAUCACCUGUCCAGCUCCGUCAUCUUUAAGCACAAUGGCAAGACUAUCGAUGGUAACGACACCCUACUCACCAUUGGACUCAAGGAUGCAGAUGUCAUUGAAUGCUACCUGGUCUCACCAUAG